AUGCAUCACGCAAGAAACAGCAAUUGCUCGGAGAUACUCCGCUGGCAAGAAAUGCGGUUUGGCAACUUUGAUGAUCGUACCGUCCAUUGUUUUCGAAUGACUGAUCCUCUCUUUUCCAAACACUUCAAAAUUCCAAGUCAUUCCAAUGAACAAUUAAUUUGGUUUCGUGAUGGCAGUAUUCACAUCAAGUUCAAUGUCUAUACAGAACAUUUCUUUCAAGUGAAAAUCAACAAGCGUGGAAUUCAUCAGGUGAUCAUUCAAGAGUUCCAAGACGGAAAUUGUACAUUUUAUGACAUUGUUCUUGAACUGAAACAUCCUCCACAAGUUUUUAGAAAAACAAGUUAUGACCAAAAGCAGCAAAGACUUGUGGCACCAACAAGUCAUGCAGACCGAGAGGACAUUGAACAAAUUACUAGUCUUUGGAUGUGUAAUUUUAAAGUGUGUAAUUCCAUCUUGCUUCAAAGAUGUAAUUCAAGACCAUUUCAACCGUUUGAAUAUCCUGUGAAAUCUAACAUGAUCGAUACUCUGUAUCAAGUGGAUGGUGUGGACGUAAAAGGAAUUCCCAAAUCCCCUUGCUUUCAUUCGCUCUCUUUUGAAAUAAGAUAUCUACUACUGUGCUUCAACAGCCAAAUUUGUGGAUUAUUGAACUGUCAACAAAGAGUGGAUUCUCUUCUUCAAUGGGUUCAAUAUUGUUGUACUGAUAACAAAAAUCUUGUGGAAAAUAUAUUGAGGGAGUUGCUUGACGAAGUCAAGAGUAAACCCAACAUGUACCCAAUUGAAUUUAUGAAUCUAUUCCAUGAAUGGCUCAAGUACUAUUGCCAAUCACCACACAUGUUAGAAUGUUGUGAUAAUUCUAAGGACUCGUAUCUCAUUAGGAAGCUUGUUGUCACACCAACAAGAAUAAUAUAUUUGGGAAAAUCUCAAGAAGGAGGAAAUUAUUUACUGAGACGUAACUCAGAGCUAGUUGAUGCUUUCUGUCGAGUUUCUUUUUGUGAUGAAGAUCGAAGUGCACUUUUCCCUGGCAGGUUUGCAAAUCUUGCACAUCGAGUUAAUUUUUUUGUUCGCAUUGGAAUUCCACUCUUUGAUGGAAGGUAUGAAAUGUUGGCUUACUCAUCAAGUCAAUUACGAGCAUUCAGCUAUUGGAGUGUCUAUGUUACAGAUAACAAGAAAAAUCUUCCAAAAAUUAUUAUUGACAAGUUAGGAAACUUCUCUGAUGAAGUCAAAGUUGCAAAAAGAGCCGCAAGAAUAGGUCUCUGUCUCACACAAACCUAUGAAGGUGAACAAGUCCUUUUUGAAAAAGUUCCAGAUAUUGUGUCACCAACACAGAGUAUUUUAAGUGACGGAAUUGGAAGGAUUUCUGAAAGUUAUGCAAGAGAACUCGCUGAAAAGAAUGACAUCCGUUUGCAUGGUCAACGUUAUAUCCCAUCUGCAUUUCAAUUUCGACUUGAGGGUUACAAAGGUGUGGUAGUCGUAGAUCGAAAGUUGCACGAAAAAACCUCAAAAGACAAUAGACACCUUUUAUUGAGUCACAGUCAAUGUAAAUUCAGCAAUUCUGAUAACAAGACCUUUGGAUUAGUGGCAUAUUCGAGACGAAGACCAACCGAACUCAACAGACAAAUCAUUGCAGUGCUGGACUCGAAUGGACUUCCAGAAGAGAAUAUUUUAGCAUUGGUUAAAGAAAAUUUAAAUGAGUUACGAAAUGAUUCGCCUUCUUAUCGAUGGUUGAGAAAGACAUUGGCCAAGCAACAGCACAUUGUUGCAGAAAACAUCAAACGAGCAAUGCAGCAUGAAUACGCACAUGAAAUAUUGCAGAAUGAUCCAUUAAUCAAUAAGGCUCAACAAUUAGGAUUUGAAAAAACACUUUCACAUGUGAAAAGUCACAUUCCUUUGAAAAGAGCUGCUCUAUUAAUAGGAGUUCUUGAUUUUGAUGGAGUACUCGAGGAAAACGAGGUAUUUAUUCAGCUCUCUCCACUCCAUGAAUGUGAGCAAUUACUGUAUGAGCAUUGCGAGAAUUGUUACGAGAAAGGAGGAGUAGUGGAAGGUCAAGUGAUUGUCACAAGAAAUCCAACACUUCACCCUGGAGAUAUUCGUAAACUGAGAGCAGUCAAUGACAGCACUGGAAAACUAUCUCAUUUGAAGGAUGUGAUUGUUUUUAGUUCGAAAGCAUUAAUUUCACAGCCAAGCAAAAUGGGAGGUGGAGAUCUUGAUGGUGAUGAAUUCUUCGUAUCUUGGGAGCCAUUAUUGAUGAAUUUCAAAGAAUAUGAACCAUUACUUGAUAAUCAUCGCCAAAAUGUGCAAUUAGAAAAGGCACAAAUGUGUGACGAAAAUUAUCAUACGUAUUUGGCACCUAGAGAUUUUUUCUGUGAUUAUAUUCACAAUGAAAUGAUUGGACUCAUCGCAGACAUUCAUUUGAAAUUGUAUGAUAACUCAAAACGAACAGGUGGGAACGGAGUUCAUGACACCCAAUGUUUGAAGCUUGCUGAAAUUCAUAGCCAUCAAGUGGAUUAUGCCAAGUCAGGACAAAAAGUCAUCUGUAACCUACCGGAAUGUGAAACGCCGCACUACAUGGUGAAAAAUGGUUUUUACACGGAGACAUACGCUUCAAAAUCUGUUUUGGGGAAAAUGUUUGACAUGGUGACAAACUUUAGAAGCGACAACGCCAUUAGUUCAUAUGGACAAUUCAAUUCCACUCCUUUCAAUAUUGAGCAAUUUUGUACUAUUAACCAACAACAGUCUAAUUAUGUUUACAUGUAUGAACAAAUUGACAAGCUGUAUGGACAAUAUGAACAUGGCUUGAAACACUUAAUGAAUAGAUUAUAUAUCAAUUCUGAAUAUGAGCUGCUAUUCAACCUGAUCAACUUUAAGGAAAAACAAGUGGAGUGUGGCAAAUCAAGGUUCAAACUCUCAAAAGAAAUCCCAGAGACAGUGGUGGUUUUUAUGAAUGGAAUGAGAGAAAAAAGUUUUCAAUUCAUUCAACAAAUGGUUUCUUAUCUCAAACAUUAUCAACAUGUUGAAACUAGUGAACAAGAAGUUGCUUCAAUUUUUUAUAUAGUUACUCGAAACAAAAAUCAACAAAAACAACGGAUUGAAGACAUGGUUGGAGUUUCGUUUUAUUGGUUGGUUAUGGAUCUUAUUUUAGGCCAGCAAUAUUAA